AUGUCCAUCAGUGUGAACCUGAGGAGGAUCUCCAACCUGCCGGGACGAUCAGACAGGAAGGUUCACCUGUGUUUCAGAGGUUUCACCCAUAAGACCAGAGUCCUUCAGUGUGAGAACUUGGCGAUCUUCAAUGAGCAUUUCCGUUGGCCUCACUACGGUAAAGAGAUCAGAGAUGAAGCUUUAUCCAUCAGCGUUUAUAACUGCAGCAAAGUCUUCUCCAACAGACUGCUGGGUCAGCUGGUCAUCAGUCUGCAGCAUGUGGUCUCAUCAGGGAGGCUGCUGCUACGGGAACCGCUGUCUGACGCCAACUACAGCCUGACGGAUAUCUACAUAGAGCUGGACAUCAGGUACCACCCGGUGGAAGGAGCAGCAGGAGGCUGGGAGGGGCUCGACUUCCUCAAAGUCCAAGACAACGACGAAUCAGCUCUGAUCAUCAGGAACGAAGGAUUCAACGACCCUGAAAGUCAGCUGAUCGUCGCUCGCCCCGGCCAGCUGGAGAGAGAGGCGCGGCGUUUGGGGCGGAGCCUCGUCCGGACCGGGGACGAAGACGACGAUGAAGACGAUGAUGACUUUGAUGAAGACCUGAUGGACCUGGAGUCUCUGGACAUCAUCUUCACUCCUCUGCUCAGUCGUUGCAGACCGAGGUCCAGGAACGUUGCUGCAGCGACUCCGAGGGUCCAGAGCUUCCAGGUGAACGUGAACAUCCUGGAGGCUCAGAAGCUGGUCGGAGUGAACAUCAACCCUGCUGUCUUCAUCAGAGUGGGAGGACAGAAGAAACACACAGCAACACAGAAAUCCACCAACUGUCCCUUCUACAACGAGAACUUCCAGUUUGAGUUCCAGGAUCCUCCUCAGAUCUUCUUUGAUAAAGUCAUAGAGAUAAAGGUGUUCCACAGACGGACUCUGGCCUUCCUCAUGACCCACAUCGGCAGCUUCAAGAUCGACAUCUCCACCGUCAACAACCAGCCAGACCACCGUUUCUACCAGAAGUGGGCUCCUCUGACGGACCCGGCAGACACCAGGUCAGGGAUCAAAGGCUACGUGAAGGCCAGCCUCAGCGUCCUGAUGAAGGGGGACGCUCUGAGCAUGCCCAGUCUGCCGCCACCGUCCACGUCCGGCGCCAGCGAGGACAUCGAGAAGAACCUGCUGCUUCCUCGCGGGAUGCCCUCCGAGCGUCCGUGGGCUCGGUUCCGGGUCCGGAUCUACCGGGCCGAGGGUCUGCCCACCAUGGACGCCGGGCUGAUGGCCAAGAUGUCAAAGGUCACGGACAGGACGGUCUUCAUAGACCCCUACGUCAAAGUCACCUUCGCUGGACAGCAGGGCGAGACGUCGGUGGCCAGCGCCACCAGCUGUCCCGUCUGGAACGAGGAGAUCUCCUUCAUCGAACAGUUUCCUCCUCUGGCUCAGCGAAUCAGAGUCCAGAUCCUCGACGACGCCAAGAUGGGAGACAUCGCCCUGGCAACGCACUUCCUGGACCUGCUGCAGAUUUCUGACCCGACCAGGAACGGCUUUAAUCCGACCUUCGGCCCCUGCUGGGUGAACCUGUACGGUUCUCCUCAGAACUCCACCCUGGGAGACGUCCACCAGGCUCUGAAUCAGGGUCUGGGUGAAGGAAUCUUCUACCGCGGUCGGAUCCUCCUCGCUCUCACCGUGGAGGUUUACUCCUCCCCCGCCGCCGUCGUCCCGGAUACAGCCUCCGCCGCCCUGGGGAAGAUGAAAGGAGCUCUGGGGAAACUGGGACUGAGGAAGAAGAGGAGCAGCAAGAAGGAGAAGAACAAGGAAGUGACUGCAUCUGACAGCGGAUUGGCUGACGACUCAGGGGAGGCGGGAAUUGAGGUUCCAGAGUCCGUUACCGUGGAGAUGGAGGAGAUCCACCCGCUCCCUGAGGGUUUCCUGGGACAAAGGGAGGACUUCCUGUUGUUUGCAUCUCUGUUUGAAGUCACGAUGAUGGACCCGUCGGUAGGAACCAAACCGGUGGCCUUCGAACUCUCCAUUGGGAAUAACGGGAAGGCGGUGGGAGUCAGCAGACCCAAGAAGAGCCAGAGCAGGGAGGAGCUGAGGAGGAGCAGGGAGGAGCUGAGGAGGAGCAGGGAGGAUCUACAUGAUGAGGAGCAGGGUCUGCUGGAGUCAGAGGAGGAGCUGGACAGAGAGGAGGUGCUGAGUCCUGAACCAGAGAUCAGAUCUGUGUCUGCUGCCACCAGACCUCAACCCACCGAGUACGACAAGUCUUUCCAGUGCAUCCCCCUGCAGCCUCCCUCUGAGAAACAGAAGCCGUGUCUGUUCGUCUGGAGUCAGUUUGAGGAUCACAGUUUCCGUCUCUAUCAGGCCAACUGGCUCAGCAAGACGGCCGACCGGCUGGAGAUCGGUCUGGACCAGGUGGAUCGUCUGCUGAGGAGGCCGAGGAGUAAAGCCAAGGAGCGUCUGGUGGAGGUGCUGCUGGAGCUGGUGGCAGCCUGCAAGCAGUUUAGUGUUUUUGCAGACAGAAGGUCUCAGUCUCGUCCCAACAAACUGGACAAAUGCAGGAAAGAAUACAUCAAGAAGAAGUUGGUGUUUGUGGCCAGGCAGGCGGUGAGGGCCCGGAGGAGGAUCACCAGACGGACCACCAAGCAGAGGUUACUGGACAGCAGGAAGCUGCUGAGGAUCCUCCGCCUGCUGGCCAAAGAGCCCCAGACCACCAUCCCAGACGCCUUCCUCUGGUUACUGAGCGGCAGUAAGAGAUUGGCCUACGUCAGGAUCCCCUCCUACUCCAUCCUCUUCUCAUUGGUGGAGGAGCAGAAGGGGCGGGACUGUGGCCGAGUGACCACCCUCUACCUGAAGUCUCCAGGAGGCUCAGCCAGUGAGAUCUUUGCUAAGCUGGAGGUCUACCUGUGGCUCGGUCUGGCCAAGUACAGUAAAGAAGCCACCAGCUCCUUACCGGAGGAGUUCCUGCCGGUGUUUGAGGAGGAGGAGGAGGAGCAGAGGAAGGUUAUGGCUGCAGGGAAGAGGAAGCUUCCUGUCAGUCUGUCCUGCCAGGACAGCAGAUACUUCCAGCUGCGCUGCCACCUCUACCAGGCUCGCGGCCUGAUGGCGGCGGAUGAUAACGGCCUCUCGGAUCCUUUCGCCAAAGUCCUCUUCUCCACACAGUGUCAGGUCACCAGGGUGAUCUAUGACACUCUGUCUCCAGCCUGGUGUGAGUGUUUGUUGUUUGACAGAGUUCUUCUGGAGGGAACUAAAGAAGAACUCCAACAGGAUCCGCCGCUCGUCACCAUCAACAUCUACGACCACAACAACAUGGGCAGUAUCAGGCCUCUUGGUCGGGCGUUUGCUGAGCCGGAGUUUAAGAUGGUGGAGCAGCACUACCAGAAGCCUCGUCUCAAGUUCUUUGACGUCAGCAUGGGGAAACUCCCCGCCGGAGAGCUGCUGGCCGCCUUCGAGCUCAUCGAGCUGGACUACUCCGGGUUUGGAGAGCCCAGUAUCCCGGCCUGCGUGGACCCCCAGGAGCUGACCUACCUGGAGGAGCAGAGGUGUUACAUCAUCCCAGAGGGGGUCCAGCCGGUGCUGAAGACCUUCAGGAUCGAGGUUCUGUUCUGGGGUCUGCGGGACCUGAAGCGGGUGCAGCUCUUCGAGGUGGAGCGGCCCCUGGUCCGGGUGGAGUGUGCAGGACACCAGCUGGAGUCUGAGGAGGUCCAGAGCUACCAGGUCCACCCCAACUUCAAGGAGCUGGUCCGCUACAUAGACGUGGAGCUCCCGGAGCAGGCCUACCUCCACCCUCCUCUGGCCCUGUUCGUGGUGGAGCAGCGGGCCUUCGGCCGGCUGGCUCUGGUGGGAACCCACAUGGUCCAGAGCCUGAUGGACUACGCCCCGAGGGAGCUGGGGGGCGAGGAAGAGGAGGACGAAGACGAGCCCAAAGAUAAAGGGAAGAGCCACGACAGAAACCAAACAGUGAGGAAGAGUAUGAUGAAGAUCAACACUCUGACGUCAGUGAAGAAGAUGGGACUCAGCGGGCUGCAGAUCAAACAGUCCAAGAUACCGAUCAACCCCAUCAAGAUGGUCAAUGCUCCUCUGAAGAAGCUGAUGAAGAAGGGGGAGGAGCUGGAGGAGGAGGCUCCAGAGAAGGAGGAGCUGGACUGGUGGUCCAAGUACUACGCCUCCCUGGAGGAGAUGGAGAGACAGGCUGCUAAAGAGGAGCAGGAGAUGGAGGAACACGCAGAAACAGAUGGAGGGAAUCUGUCCAUGGCCAACAUCGAUGAAGAGGAGGAGGAAGAGGUGGUGGUGGUGGAGGUCGUUCCUCCCAAACGCAAAAAGAUCGCAACGCUGCAGCUGUACGGAGGAGAUCUGGAGUCAGAGUUCAGUCAGUUUCAGGACUGGCUGAAGAUCUUCCCGCUCUAUAAAGGCAGAGCGAGUGGUGAGGAUGACGAGGAGGAUGAAGAGGAGAGGCUGAUGGGAAAAUACAAGGGCUCCUUCCUGGUUUAUCCCAUUGAACCCGGAGAUGAAGAAGACGUAACGUGUCAGAUCACGAAUGGAAUCCCCAAAAACUCCCCGAUCAAAGUCCUGGUCCGAGUCUACAUCGUCAAGGCCACCACUCUGGCUCCCACUGACCCCAACGGUAAAGCCGACCCGUACCUGGUGGUCCAGGCUGGAGACCAGCUGCUGGACACCAAAGACAGAUACAUCCCCAAACAGCUCAACCCCACGUUUGGAGAGGUGUUUGAACUCACGCUGUCUUUCCCGCUGGAGACAGAGUUGGUAAUCAAAGUGAUGGAUCACGAUCUGAUCGGGGCUGAUGAUGAAAUCGGAGAGACUCGUAUUGACCUGGAGAACCGGUUCUACAGCCGCCACAGACCGUCCUGCGGCCUGGCGCUCUACUACGACACUGACGGCUACAACAUCUGGCGUGAUGCGAAGAAGCCGACGACCAUCUUGGCGGAGCUCUGCAGGAAGAACGGCGUCCCGUCUCCAGAAUACAGAACCUCCGAGGUCAAAGUCCUCAACAAGAUCUUCAAGAUCCCACCGGACGCCGUACCUGAAGCCCUGCUGAAGAAGAACCAGCGGUCUGAGGAGGAGGAGGCUGAGAUGGAGGAACACGCGGCCCUCAGCGUGUUGCGUCGUUGGGGGGAGAUGAACGAGUUCCUCCUGGGAGCCAUCCCACUGGUCCCAGAACACGUAGAGAUCAGGUCCCUGCUGAACCAGGACAAACCUGGACUACCUCAGGGUUACCUCCAUAUGUGGGUGGACAUGUUUCCGACGGACGUCCCGGCUCCGCCCCCCGUCGACAUCAAGCCACGAAGCCCUGAACAGUACGAGCUGCGAGUGAUCAUCUGGAACACGGACGACGUGUUUCUAGACGACGUGAACCCGUUCACCGGCGAGCCGUCCUCCGACAUCUACGUCAAAGGCUGGUUGAAAGGAAUGGAAGGAGAGAAACAGGAGACGGACGUCCACUUCAACUCUCUGACCGGAGAAGGAAACUUCAACUGGAGAUUUGUGUUUCGCUUCGACUACCUUCCUACUGAGAAAGAGAUUGUGUUCAAGAAGAAGGAGUCGUUUUUCUCUCUGGAGGAAUCUGAGUUUCGGCAGCCGGCUGUUCUGACGCUGCAGGUCUGGGACUACGACCGGAUCGCCGCCAACGACUUCCUGGGCUCCAUUGAGUUACGUCUCAACGACAUGGUGCGAGCAGCCAAGUCCUCCACUAAAUGCACCAUCGACCUGGCGAAGGACCGCGCCACGCCCAGAUUCUCCAUCUUUAGAGCCAAGAAGAUGAAGGGCUGGUGGCCGCUGACCCGCCUGAAGACGGCCGAGGACUUCGAGAGGGAGGAGAAGGAGCGGGAGGAGGCCAAGAAGAAGAAGGGCAAGAAGAAGAAGAAGAAGAAGGACAAGAGGAGUCAGAUGAAAAAGGAGGACAUCGAGUUCACCGACAGCAUGGGCAACACUUUCCUGCUAAUGGGGAAGGUGGAGGCGGAGCUGCAGCUGGUGACGUUGGAGCAGGCGGAGGCCAACCCGGUGGGCCGAGCCCGCAAAGAACCGGAGCCCCUCGACAAACCAAACCGUCCCACCACCAGCUUCAGCUGGUUCGUCAACCCGCUGAAGACCUUCAUCUUCCUCAUCUGGAAGAAGUUCAAGAAGUUCAUCAUCGCCUUCGCCGUCCUCGCCAUCCUCACGCUCUUCCUCGGCCUCAUCGUCUACACGCUGCCGGGACAGAUCUCCACCCUCAUCAUCAAAGGAUGAAGAGUUCCACAUCUCCACCCUCAUCAUCAAAGGAUGAAGAUCUUCAGAUCUCCACCCUCAUCAUCAAAGGAUGAAGAGCUUCAGAUCUCCACCCUCAUCAUCAAAGGAUGAAGAUCUUCAGAUCUCCAUCCUCAUCAUCAAAGGAUGAAGAUCUUCAGAUCUCCACCCUCAUCAUCAAAGGAUGAAGAUCUUCAGAUCUCCACCCUCAUCAUCAAAGGAUGAAGAGCUUCAGAUCUCCACCCUCAUCAUCAAAGGAUGAAGAGUUCCACAUCUCCACCCUCAUCAUCAAAGGAUGAAGAGUUCCACAUCUCCAUCCUCAUCGUCAAAGGAUGAAGAGCUUCAGAUCUCCAUCCUCAUCAUCAAAGGAUGAAGAUCUUCAGAUCUCCAUCCUCAUCAUCAAAGGAUGAAGAGCUUCAGAUCUCCAUCCUCAUCAUCAAAGGAUGAAGAUCUUCAGAUCUCCACCCUCAUCAUCAAAGGAUGAAGAGCUUCAGAUCUCCACCCUCAUCGUCAAAGGAUGAAGAGCUUCAUGUUUCUGAUCGUGGACUCAUUCAAGUCAAACUAUGAUCAAUAUUUAACCUGAUCAGUAAAACACAGUUAUUGUAAUUAUUUACAGGAGAAAUAAUCAGAGUUUUAGUUUUACUGUCAGAUUUAAAUCUCAUAUUUAUAUUCUGUAAAUUAAUAAUUGUUUUAUUGUGAAACUGUUUAUUAAAUGAUCAUAAUUCUGAUAAAUCAGCAGCUUCCUCCAACAUGAACAUAACUCUGAUGUAUAAAAGGAUAAUUUGUUGAUUAAAUAUAGUUUUGGUUGUAAA